AUGAGCACCCCUCGCCGCCUGGCGAAGCUCCCGCAGCGCAAGCCCCGGCUUGCCGCCAAGUCCAAGGCCACCCCCGCCGCACCAGCCGUCACUCCCGCGACGGCCACCGUCUCGUCGACCGUCUCCUUCGCGCACGUCCUCGACGCGCAACAGGCCAUGAUGUUCGGCCGCCAGCUGGACAUGGAGGGCGAUGAGGAUCUCAUCGACCUCCGCAUGUUCAUGAAGGAGGCGCUGGACGCGCACGACUCUGCCGCCGGUCCCAGCACCAGCUCUACUUCGGCGCCGGCGCUGUACCUCAACCGCUCGCCCGGGGACACGGAGCGCGACGAUGAUAUGGAACUCUGUCGCGGCUCGGACGACGAGGCAACGCCCCUUUCCACCGCUCAGCCCGUCAUUGAGUCUCCCGCUGCCAGCGUCUAUCAGCAGUCCGAGGGCGAGGAGGAGAUCGAGUACCACGGCGACUGUGACGAGUACUUCGAGGACUUCGACUACGGCUAUGCUUCGGGCGAUGGCACGCGUGUCGUUGACAGCCGAUAUGACUACACCGACUCCGAGGAGGAGGACGAGUCCGACCCCAAGUCUGCGGCCGACCCCGAGUCGUCCAUGCCUCCUCCUCCUCUUCCCGCCAUGCCGCCUCCGCCCGUCCCCUCCAUGCCUCCUCCGCCUCUUCCGCCGCCCUCUCGCGCGUACCUCAACAAGCAGCCCUCACCCUUCACCGCCCACGCUGGCCCGUCUCGCGCUCCCGCGCCGGCCGUCUUCCCGGACUCUAUGGGCAGCUUCCACACGACCGCGCCGGCCGUCUUCCCUGGUGCUGCCGCUCGUGCCUCCGCCACAGUCCCUUCGUCGGGGCCAUCGUCGGGAACUCCGGCAUUCUCUUCCGCCAGCCCCAUCAUGCUCAAAAUCAAGAGCGCUGAUGUCCAGGCUGCCAAGCAGUACUCGAAGGCGAAAGGUAAGGGCAAGGAGGUCGAGACGGGACCGCGCCGACUGGCAAAGCUGCCCACGCGCCGUGCUAAGUCUGCCUCUAUGGAGGGUGGCACCCCGUCGCCUGGUACUGUUGAGACGACUGCCGAGGGCACCUCCCAGCCCGCAGCAACCACCCUGCCCAGCACUUCUCUCGGCCCUGUUGCGCCUAUGGUCGUCGAGCCCACCACUCCUGGGCCGCAGCCUACUUCCUCUGCUCCCGACACCGCGACUCCGAUUCCCACGGCCUCAGUCUCAAGGCCCACCCGUCGCCUGCCUACUAGGCGUUCCGCUCGUCUCGCCGCGCUGGCUGCCUCUUCGGAGAACGUUGUCGCUCCUCAGCCGACCGCGAAGGGGAACCAGCAGAGCGUCCUUCCCUCUGUUCCCAGCAUCGUGAUCACCGAACCGUUGGAGCCCGCUGUGGCGGACACGGCCACCGAGCCUGCAGCGUAUGCCGAUCCCUACGCCACUCUCCAGGUGCCCUCAGCCACUGCCCCUGCGCAUGUUGCCGAGCCGAGCACACGCCCCCUUACCCGCGAGUACGACUUCUCGCUGCUUCCCAAUGUCGCCUUCGAUGUAUCGGGCACCGAAGACCCUUACUCGUACUACGCCGGCGUCAACGUCAACAACAUCGACUUCUCGACCUUUGACUUUGCGAGCCUCGACUUGUCCGAGUUUGACUUUUCGACCCCCAUCACUCCCGGCACCGCGGACCCGUACCUUGACUCCUCGUACUCUGACGAGUCCACGCCGCUCACCACCGAGCAGUUCCAGAGCCUGUACAGCCUGACGUUCUCGGACACUCCUGAGCAGCCGAGCAACUUCCUCUCGUCGCUCUACCCGCCCACCGCCCCGUCCACUACCGCUUCCUCCAGCGCCCCCAAUGCGCCUCUCGGUGCUGUCAGCGGUGCGCAGCAGGGCUUCCCCGAUGGCCUCAUCGACCCGGCGCUCAGCUCCCCACUCGUCACUGGUGGCGUCGGUGCUGGCCACACCGGUACCAACGGCGACGCGAUGGAUACGGACGGUCCCGAGCUGACUCCUGCCGAGGUCAACCAACUCCUCGCGAUCACGAACAACCUCACUCUCGGCCCGACCGACGCUCCCUUAACCAGCGACAAUGCAGUGAGCAUCGUCGCAGACCCUUCGCCCGUCGCCUCCGACUUCGGAGCAGAACUCAUGGCGACCAAUACCACCAGCACUGCCGAAACCGGCGACGCGAGCAUGGACCUAGAGGAAUACCUCAGCACCCUCUCGCUGACCCAGCUGCAGCAGUUCAGCACCUGGAUCGGAGAGCAGCAGGCGAUGGAGCUUGAGACUGGCGCUGCUGGCGACCUCUCCACCGCGCAAGUCGAUGAGCCCAUGACUCAAAGCGCCCGUCUCCAGUUCGUCGACGCCACCCAAGCCAGCGAGCCCAUCACGCUCGACGACAUUGCGCAGGCGCAAACGUACCUUGACGAGCACCUCCCACUCUCGACCGCAUCGGAGUCGAUCGCGGUUGACACGGACAGCCCUUUGUCCAUCACGGCCGUGGGCGAGGCUGAGGCCCAGGCCGAGUUGCAGGGGCUCUUUGCCGGAUUCGGAGGCUUGUCGCUGGCCGCCGCGAGCGCCACCGACACUGCCGGCCCUAUCCCUAUUCAGACCGACGCCGAGCCCGUUACAGUCGUCAGCGCUCCGGAGAGCAUGGAGCGGGAGAACAUGGACGUGGCGGUCGAUACUGCAAGUGGUGCGACCAUCACUAUCCGCGACGAGCAUUCCGCGGAGGUCACGUCCAUCGCUGUCGUCUCUCACGCCGAUGACGUUGCGCCCGUGCCCGAGACUGGCGCCACCCACACCACCGAGCCAGUCGUUACCAGCCCCGACGCCGCCGCCACUCCCGUGGAUAACACCGAGCAACCCACCGUCACUCCCCAGGACGACGCCCCGCAGCCCACCGCCGACACCGCGGACGACCUCACCCGCACCCUGCACAGUAUGAGGAUGUCGACUCCCGCGCCUGAUGCAGCUCGGGCCGAGAACGACAAGCCUACCGCGGUCGACGAGACUGACGCAGCCGUCACCGUUGAACCCUCUAGCCACUUUACCGUCGACACUCCCGUCGACACCACCACGCCCGCCAUGCCCGCCGUUCCCGACAGCAGCAAGAACAGCGAGGAUUCUGGCUCUCCGGUUGACAAGAACACCAGCACACCCGACAGCACCAGCGCGAACGAGAGCGCCAAUGUCCACAAGAACACUGCCGAUGCCACCGACCCCGCCGCGGCGGACGGUGCCACCACCAGCGAGGCGGUCAGCACCGCACCCCAACCACUCGACGACGCGACCGACACCCCUGCACCCGCCAACGCAAAUGUUGAUCUUCUCGCCGAGGUCGAGGCCAAGAUCGCAGCCGCGCUCAUGGACAGCCUCGUCGAGCGCUUUGCCGCUUUCUCAGCCUCCGAUAACGAUGACGACGCGGCCGUCGAGGCCACGCCGACCGAGCCCGCGCCAACCCCGACCGCCGCCGAGCCAGACUCGACCACGUGUGCAGAGCCCGCCGAGCCUGUUCUCGCCACCGAUGUCGACAACAGUGUCAACGCGGACGCCGAGGCGACCCCAGACACCGAGCAAGAGCAGGUGGCCCACUCCCAGCACGAGUCUGCGGACGACGAAGUCUCGUCAUCGUCGGAGGAGGAGCCCGAGACCAAACCAGUCAUCUCCGAAACCGCUGCCGCAAGCCUUCGCGCCCGCUUCCGGAAGUGGAUCGUCAAGCCGGCCGAGCCUGCUGUCUCUGAGGAGCAGGAGGAGCAGUCGGCGCAGCAGCCAGAGCAGACGACGCAGCCCGCAGGGACGGAGCAGCAGGAGUUCGACUCCGAGAAGCCACAGGAGCUCGCGGAGAAGGACGACUCGGAUGACGAUGCUGAAACCGCGGUCAAGCCCGUCAUCUCCGAGGCCGCUGCCGCCAAGCUUCGCGCGCAGUUCCGGAAGUGGUCCGUGAAGCAAGCUGAGCCUAGCAUCUCUGCGGAGCCGCAGGAUCAGCCAGAUCCCGAGGAGCAGCCAGAGCCUGCGAAUCGACAGAAGCUCGAGGCGCAGCCGGAAUCGCCGGUGUCGCCUCAGCAGGAGCGAUCACCUACCAUCGAAGAGCCCUCGCCAGAGAAGUCUGAGGACGAGAACGCCGCCUCCAGCUCCGAGCACGCCCUCGCCAACCUUCUCGCUCGCUUCCAGGAGUGGGGCGGCCUGAAGCAGGCUGACACCAGCGUCUCCGAGGAGGCACUGGCUCAGCACGGUUCUGGCGAUGCGGUCAACAAGCAGGCUCAGGUCAGUGCUGUGACCGCCUCCGCUGCCCCCGCCGUCAAGCUUCGCGACCGGUACAAGCACUGGCCGCUGAAGCAAGUGCAGUCAUGCAUCCCCGAGAAGGUGCAAGCUAAGCCGAAGCCCAAGGGGUCUGAGGAGGAGAAGAAGCUCGAGCAGCCCGAGAAGCCUGAGAUCGGCAACGACCGGCAAACGGCCGAGCGCCCCGCUGCCGAGCUCCCGGAGACGGUCGCAGCCGACCUCUGUGCCAAGGUCCGCGCCUGUGAAACGGGUUUUCCCCCAUCCGGCGAUACCGACGGCGCGGCUGCGGACGUCACGACGGGAGCCAGCCCCGAGGUCCAGGGUGCCUCGACCGAGCUGAACUCGGAGGCGGGAACGCGAACCGCGGCCGAGGACGUCUCAACCGACUCGGAGUCUGACUCGGACAGUGACGAGUACGUCACUGCCUACGAAGGAUCAGACGGCGACUCAGACUCGGACGACAGCGAGGAUGGCGGGUACUGGACCGGGUCGGAGGCUGAGGACUGCGCCGCUCUGUACACCAGCAGGGGUGUCAGCACUCCGCAGCGGAGCCAGACUGUCGUCAGUCCCUGCGAGGACGAGAAGGAGGAGAAGAAGGAAGAGGAGAGUCGCGAGGAGUCUGAGGCGACCGAGAAGCUCGCGAGCUCGGCAAAGCCUUUCAUCGGAUUCCCGACGAUCGAGAGCGCCGCGUGGACGGUUGGGAGGUGGCGUCGACCUAAGCCGGCGCGACUCUGUCGAGAGGGGCUCGAGAAGCUGAAGAAGGAGCGGGAGGCAGACUGGCGCGCCAGUGGCCGCCUGAGCAAGAGGUCGGCUGAGCAGUUCUCGGCCUCGGCCGGCGAGAACCUCCCUGGCUUCCUCGUUGCUGCCUACUUCCCCGAGGCGCAGCCCCCGAAGCGACUUCACGUCGCUGACAGCCCGGAGCAAGCGCCGGACGAGCUCGCGAGCGACUCCUCAGGCGCGGUGCCGCCGGAGGACGGGAUGCUCAUCGACGAGGAUCUGAUGGAGGACGUCAACCAGCAAGCGCCACCACCCUUACCAGUGGAGGGGGGUGGCGAAGAAGGCCACACCAGGGCGGCUCCGCGGUCCCUCGGCGUCGCGAACCGAGCGAGGCUUCCUCGCCCGCCUCACUCUGCAGGCGGUGAAGCUGCUCACCGCCGUGGGCAAGAAGGCGGCGAGGGUGACGCGCAGGCUGAGGCGUCUCUCGCUGCCGAAGUUCCGGCCAAUGUUGCUCCAGACGUAGUCGCGCCGGACCGCUGGGUCGGAGGAGGGAAGGAGCACGGUUAA